AAGCGUUCCAAUCAAACUUCCAUGUGAUCACGAUCAUGUCAUUGUAAUAGUCGGCUCAUACAUGGGAUAUGGAUGACGAAAACCCACUUAUUUCUGAAACGGAGCAUCCGAGGAAUCUGAUUCCCGAGUUAUGUCGUUUGUUUUACGGCCUUGGUUGGGUUACUGGAACUGGAGGUGGCAUCAGUAUCAGAACGGGGAAUGAGAUCUACAUAGCACCUUCAGGUGUCCAGAAGGAAAGAAUACAGCCAGAAGACCUGUUUGUACAGACGAUUGAUGAGAAAGAUAUAUCAACACCACCUCCUUCAAAGAAGUUGAAAAAAAGCCAGUGCACACCCCUGUUUAUGAAUGCCUACAAUAUGAGAGAUGCUGGUGCAGUUAUCCACACCCACUCCAAAGCAGCUGUCAUGGCAACAUUAAUAUUCCCAGGAACAGAGUUCCGCAUCACUCACCAAGAGAUGAUAAAAGGCAUCAAAAAGUGUAAAUCUGGUAUCAACUAUCGCUAUGAUGAAGAACUGGUCAUCCCAAUUGUGGAGAACACUCCUCAUGAAAAAGACUUGAAGGAGGCCAUGUCCAGGGCAAUGGAGGACUACCCAGAUACGUCUGCGGUGUUGGUUCGGAGACAUGGUGUUUAUGUGUGGGGAGAAUCCUGGCAGAAAGCCAAAACUAUGUGUGAAUGCUAUGACUACCUGUUUGAUAUAGCGGUCCAAAUGAAACUCCAUGGACUGGAUCCCACAGCCUCGCCUACCAUACCUAAGGGAGCUUACAUCACGGAAUGUCUUUGAUUUAAUCACCCAACCGAAAGGAUCCUACAUCACAUAAUACCAGUAUCACCAGACUCCUGACAAUAUCAUGCUGAUUUUAUGUUGAAAGCCAAAAAAUCCCCUAACUUGAGGAUGUGACCGAGAAUGCUCACACACUUUACAGUGACCCUGUGGUUGCUAGGGAUAUGGGGUAACUUUCUGUCAUACUCAGUACAAGGAUAUCGACAAUUUCACCUGUAUGAGAUUUUCUUAUCACAUCCUAGGGUUGAGACAAGCAACAAUUGUGUUUUGCACAUUCUCAAUAUUUGUAUGAUGUCACGAGAACAAGACCACAGCAUUAUUGUGCGUUGAUGUGAAAUCAAUAUACGAUGCACAAAGGGGUUAACAGGUUAAGAGAAAAAUAACCACUCGUCCACUUGAGAAUGAGACAGAGGGAUGUCAACCGGGGCCUCCUUGUACAAGAUUCUUAUUAGCUGCCCCGGCAAGCCUCGUGUUUGGCAACGCAAGAAUGUUCCCCCUCAGGUCAAGAUCCCCUGUCUCACCCAAAAAGGGGUGAACAAUUCUGUAAAUGACCAAAUUCCUGAUUUAUAUGGGUUCAUAUAAUCUGAUGUUUUUUAAAGACACUACAUCACUCUAGUUGCUUACACAGGGGCUUGGCACGAUUUUCCAAAUGAUGGUCUAUAUAUAUAUGUAUUAUAUUCUUAUCCAGUUGUGCCAUAUCUAGGGUCUAUAUCUUGCCUACAAAGAAGUGUUCAAUUGUCUUGAUAUUGAAACAUUACUGUUUAAAUAUACAUGUAUUGAUUCAUUGACUUUCUUGUGUAGCAAGUCAAGUCAUGCCACAUAAAAUAUUGAGUAUCAAAACAAAAACAGUUUACUGAUCUUAAGAUUGUGAAUAAAAGACUAUGAUACCAAUAUGUAAUAUUUCUAAUAAAAAAAAAACAUUUUGAGAAAAACUUGUUUAAAUUUUAAUUGAAAUUUUUUUGGGGAUCCGAAUAGUUCCAGGAAAUUGGUUGCAAUAUAUAGAGAUACAAAGUUUUACUAAAUUUUAGGUAUUAAAUAGAUUUCUUAAAACAUCACAACCUUAGACUAAGAAGAAAACCUAUGAAUUUGACUUCUCGAUGAAAGUUAUACACAACAACUUGAUCUCUAUAUUUGUGUUGCAUGCAUGUUUCUGUUGGUAGCUAUACAUAUUGUGUACAGAGGUAUAUAUAUACUUGGAAAUAAGAAGGUUUAUAUAGGAUGUAUCUGUCAUCUCAUCUUCUUGUACUAUACAUACAGAUAUUUGUGCAAUAAAAUUUGUUUAAAUGAAAUUA